AACAGUGAUUGUGCGCGUGAGUUGUCGCGUCCUACGUCUUCUUUCGUAUAUUUUGUUUUUUCGUCUACAAUUUGUAAAUUCUUGGGUCGUCCACAGUUCGAUAAACGUUAGAAAUUUUACGCCAACGAUUUGUGCCACGCCUUCGGAUAGAUUAGGUAUACUAUUUUAAUACUAUCAUAAAAUAAAGUGUCAUGAUAUCUUCGUCGUCGUCGUUAUCGGAUCACCGUUGCCUUGGUUGUAGCCUCCGGAAGUGACGCCCGGAAACACGCUCGAACAUGGACGAUAAUAAUAUUGUCAUUCCGGCUGUUGCCCGUCGCCGCCACCGCCGCCGUGUCAUCAACUACGCAGGUAUGGCGACCACCGGCUAGCGAUGGUGCCCACGUCGGUAUUGGUGUUCUGCGGCCUGCUGUUGGCCGUAUCCGUGGACCCGGCAUGGUCCGCCAGCGGCCCGGUCAUUCAGCAAUGUCCCACGCACGGCGAGAUUGCACCGUGUGUGUGCACAGUGAAGAAGAACGGUGGUCUGGACAUACUGUGCGAGUUCACCGACUUGCAGCACAUAUCCAAAACGAUGGCCGUGCUCAAAGGAAAACCGUCACUGGUCAUAUUCUACCUGAAGCUCCGGCACAACAACCUGCCCAAGUUGCAGGGUUUCGUCUUCCUGGGCAUGGACAUCCGGCACCUUACCAUACACAACAGCACAUUGGCCGUAGUCGAAGAGUCGUCGCUGAGCUCUAUCGGAAAAGCGCUCACCCAAUUAGAUUUGUCUCAGAAUUCGUUAAGCAGCGUACCGACUCCAGCGUUGAAAAGCCUAGAUCGAUUGCUGAUAUUUAAUUUGAACCACAACAAAAUCAGCGCUAUCCACGCAAAUGCUUUUGAGGGAAUGAGCACGCUGGAGAUAUUGACAUUGUACGAAAAUAGGCUUACCAACAUCGAGGCUAAUGCUUUCGCCGGCACAGAAAAAAAACUGAAACGAUUGAACAUUGGUGGUAACGAAUUGAGCCGAGUACCGACUGGAGCUCUACAAACAAUGGACAACUUAAAGAAAUUAGAAAUUCAAGAAAAUAAGAUUACGUCGAUCAGCGAAGGCGAUUUCAUAGGUUUACAAACAUUGGAUAUGCUGAUCCUAGCACACAAUUAUAUCAAACACAUUCCUGCCAAAGUAUUUCGACAUUUGCCUCUGCUAAACUCGUUGGAGUUAGACGGGAAUCAAAUAUCUAGUAUUGAUGAAGAGGCUUUUUUCGGUUUGGAAGAAAAUCUUCAAUAUUUGAGAUUGGGUGACAACAACUUGCAUACAAUACCAAGCGAAUCGCUCCGUCGUUUGCACAGACUUCGACACUUGGACCUUAAAGCAAACAACAUAUCACAUAUUGCCGAAGAUGCUUUCACAGGUUUUGGAGAUUCGAUCACGUUUUUGAAUUUACAAAAAAACGACAUUAAAACGUUACCAAUGAUGGCGUUCGAGAAUUUGAAUUCUUUGGAAAUAUUGAACCUGCAAAACAACAAACUGACGCGAGUUCCGGAAGAAGCGCUCGAGGCAAUCGUAGACACUGCAACUGUUAUUGAUAUUAUGGAUAACCCACUGAUUUGUGACUGUGACCUGCGCUGGUACAGGGAUUGGCUAAAAGAGUUACGUCACCGAGACGACGACGACAUCAUACAAAAGAAACACAUACUCUGCCUGAUGGAAGAUGAACACAGGGAAUUCAGUGUUUUGAAUUUGCCAGUGGAAAGAAUGAACUGCGUGGGUAAAAAAUACUCGUCGUCAGUCAACGGGAUCGGCGAAUCUAGAGUCCUGUCCCGCGUCCUAAUAGUUGUCGUCUUUGCUCUACACCAAUUCAAAUAAGCACAAUAGCGAACACACACACACACAAACACACACACACACACACACACACACACACACACCACACACACACACACACACACACAUACACACAAAUAUACAUACACACACACGCGCUUACACUCUGCAAAUGCACACGAGCUAUCUAAUAUUCACGCCAUAAUCGUAUAAAUAAAAUAUGUUUGUGUUAUACAUACGCAUAUUCAACAGCCAUGACCUCCCGAACUCGCGUUGAUAUUACUCGUAAAUACAUACUAUAUCUAACGUGCCAAUGUGCACUGUGUACAUGGCCCAGACCCGAGUAUAUACGGUAUACAUUAAGACGGGUACCUAAAUUAUUAUGUUAGGUACCUACAUGUACCUAUAUGAAUAAUAAUAUUCAAAAACGCGAUGAUAACUCAUUACCAGUUACUAAGCUUUGAAUAUCUCGACCACCGAAAUCGAUCGAACGGAGAGCGUCAAAAUUCGUGGUGUUAAGACCUACACUCGUCGCAUGAUAUUAUUGUUUUGUUUUUAUUUAUUUAUGUUGUUCUCCGUCUUUUGAAAAAAAAAAACAAUAACGAAACGACGCACCAUACCGACAACAGCCGUCAUUAUUGAUGCGAUACGAAUAUGUUUAAUAUCGAUAUCGAACCAACAUGACGAGACGGUCGUACAUACAAUACGAUUUCGAUGUGCCGACUACGAGUAUAAUAUAAUAUCACCUACAUACUCAGGUGUUUGUAUAUUUUUUUUAUUUUUUUUUUUUUUAUGUAUAUUUUUCGUUUAUCGUUCUUUCAAUUUGGCCGACAAACGUCGGACCUUUUGCCGACAACAUAUCAACCACAUAUCAUCCGUAUCGUACAUAUAAGUUUACAAUAUAUUAUAAAUAGGUAAUGAUAAUUUAAUCUUAACACAACAAUAUAUUAAUAAUAAUAUUAUAUUUUAUCGUCGCAGCCACACGGAAAACGUGUAGCGCGACUCUUAGCGUUUAGUGCUGUUUAGAGUACAAUGCAAUUUUAAGUGAAGUGUUUUUUUUUUCAUCGGAGACAUUAUACGCUUUUAAAAUAUCCAUCCCCGUGCGUGUCGUAUAUAAUUUAAUAAUCUAUACCAUAAUGUCGCAGCGUAGAGUGUACAACGCAAGCGUGCGCCACUCGGACACCGCAGUGGUUGUCGUGUAACCGGUGUAGGUACAAUAAUGGUGUACAUAGGUAAAACGAUUAGAACACGCUUCGGGAAUUCAUCGAUCGUUUUCGACGACGAUGACAGUGACGUCGAAUUCAUUAUAUUAUGGCAGCGUAUAGCGCUGUAGUAAUUAUUUUUAAUUUGAAAUUAUAGCCGUGGAAAAAAAACCCCAUCUAAACAAACACAGAACACGAAACCUUGAACUAAAUCGUUAAGUUUUAUUUAUUUAUUUAUUUUUUUUUUAUUCCUUUGCCAAGAUAAAAUUACCGUCAAAUUAUAAGUCACUACACAAUAUAACACGCGUGUGUGUGCCGCCAGCUAGCUACUUGUUGUGUGUCCAUACUCCAUAUCAUUAUCGUCGGGCUGUUGAUUUAAGAAACUUAACUAUUGAGGAUUACAACCGUCCAUUGGGAAUAUUUUUAAAACGACCGCGGUGUUUAAAAUCGUCCGAAAUCUAUCAACGACAAAUCGAAGUUUUUACCAUAUAGGUUAUCAACCCGUCAUACCCAUCGCACCUAGUACUACGACAAAUUUGGCGGCUCCAUAUAGACCUUAUAUUAUAAUAGACAAGAAAUUUGAAUUUGAAUGACAACAGCAUUAGGUAUGACAUGCGCAUAAACACAUUGCAAUGGUGUUGCCCGCCUUAACACCAGAUGUGCUAAUUUUACGAUAAUACGCUUUGCAAAUUACUGCACGCGUAUUAAAUUUCCGGCGUCGUCGGUGUUUCAGAAGUGAAAAAAAGGUAAAUAUUUGUUAGAACUAAUUGACUUUAUUAAUAAAAAAAAUGUAUGAUAUUUUUAUUAAAAUUAAAACAGAAAAUUAUAUGUGCCGAUAGAAAUACAGAACAGGGAAUCACAGAUAUUUUUAUUCAUUUCUAAACGUAAUUUAUUAAUUUAGUACAGUUAUUUCUGAUACCAAUUUUUAUUAUUAUUGAUACAAGCUAAUCCUCGUAGUUGGAUGAAUAAUGUUUAUCUUGAACGUGGGAUAUCCAUAGUACUAGCGCCUAGCAUUAAAAACAGACCUAUAAACAUCUCUUUUAACACGUCAAUAAUACAUUUGUAAGUUGUAACCCAUGUUUUAGUUAAAAAUUAAAUUCAAAAUUAAUUAUUCGGGCAUUCGAAUUCGGACAGCGGAUGGUAAAGUAGAGGGAAAACACACACUCAUAGUAUAUAAUGGCAUAAAUACAUAAUAUUAUCAUUGGUUAUAAAUACUGGUAUUUAUAAUCAAUGAUAUUUUAUGGCAACGAUCAUUUAUAGUCACUCAGUUACGGAAAAACGCCUUCUAUCUUUCUUACCCCGAAGUGCAAUCACCUCUUGUCUAUUAGCAUAAGGCAUAAAGAGGUCUAUAUGGCAGCAAUAUUAAACAUAUUAAUAUAAUAAUAAUAUUAUUAUAUAGCUAUGUAAGUAAUCAAAAUUACUGGUCGGCGAGCAUUUGACGUACAGACACUGCAUCGUACGCGUGUUGCACAUAAAAAUAUCAUAAUUAUACAUACUAUUAUACAAUAUUGUUCAACCGCAUAGGUAUACCCAUUCCGCUAUAUAUUUUAUUCACGUGAUAUUUUCCUAUUUAAAUUUUGAUUUGAUUUUCGGUUUUUAUAAUAGCGUCUUAUAUUAUAAGUAUUUAGUAUCUACUUUAUUAUAUCAUGCACGUAUAAAGAUGAGAUUAAAUGCGCUAUUUAAUAAUAUACCUAUAUAAAUAUGAUAACUAUUAGCCAAAUACGGUUUUAAAUUUAGGAAUUUUGUAGAUGAGGAAUACUAUAGCUGAACAAAAAAUUGAUUUUAACUUUUAAGUCAUAAUUUAGUUAUUAUAUAUACUUGUAGGAAUGUUUGAAGAGUGUUAUUUACAUAUUAUACGAUUGAUUAUAAUAUUAUUAUCAUUAAUAUUUAAGCUUAAAAACCAUUCGCAAUACAUAUCUUAAUAAAUUACGUAACGACGAAAGCUUAUGAUUCUUUGUAAAACCCGGCGGGACGUUUGUGGAAUAACAUUAAAAAAUAAAAUAAAAUGUUUUAAAAAAACAUCCAUAAAACAAAAAUUAAGUACCAUCAAUUGUGUCGUGUCAAAAGGUCGUUAUCGGCAUCGUCUCGCGGGGUAUUGUCAAAGACAUAAUUAGCAUACGACUUACGUAAUUUUAAAUACAUUUAUAUGUGAUUUAUGAGUUUAUAUAUUUUAAGACUAUUAGGAUAUAACAACUAUUAUUAUUAUUAUUAUUAUAUAAACAUAAUAACUAUAUUGAUCAAUAUAGACUUUUAACAGCGAUACAUAUCUAUAAAAUGCAUAUCCCAAAUGUAAUCUUUUUUUUAUUAUUAUUAUAACUAUAUCAUUAUAUUGUAUUUAUAUUAUUAUUAUUAUUAUUAUUAUUAUAAUUAUUAUUAAAAAUUAUUAUUAUCGUACGCAUAUUUUAAUAUUGUUGUAUUUUCGUAAUAUUAUUAUAAUAUCAAUAUCGUGGAUAUAAUAUUAAAGUAGUAGUGUAGAGUGUUAUUAAUUUAAUAUGCAUUUACAUCACGUAUCGUAUACAUAUCCGUAAUAAGAACCAUCAUUAUUAUAUAAUAUAACGGAGUAAGGCCAUGUUUUUAUGUGAGUUUUUCUCUUUUGAAAUAAAUUUAAAAAAAAAAAAUAA